AUUGCUAAUCCCCAGGAGCCCCGUUAAAAAAAAAAAAUGGAAAAAAAGGGGAGGGGGCGGGCAGCUGUCUCUUUAAAUGUGAUUUCCUUCUAUUGUAUUUGAAUCGUGAUCAGGAAAAAGGAAAUGAAACCAGAGACAGAGGGAAGCUGAGCGAAAAUAGACCUUUGCGAGAGAGGAGGGAGCCCGGGGAGAGUCGCGCGGUCCGCUCCCCGCCCCCAGGCCGCCGCCCCCUCUCUGCCCUCGGCGCCCGGACCCCGGCGAAGGUGCGAGGGGUUCGGGGCGACCGGGCGGAGCCUGCGACUGCGCGCGAUCGGGACCGGGCGGCGGCGGCGGCGGCGGCGGCGGUGGUGACGGCAGCGGGACCGGGAUGGAAGGGAGCGCGGUGACUGUCCUUGAGCGUGGAGGGGCGAGCUCGCCGGCGGAGCGACCCAGCAAGAGGAGGCGCAGGAGCGGCGGCGCCCGAGCACCCGAGGGGGUCCGAGUCCAGGCAGCCGGCCAGACACGCGCCACAAAGGGAGCGCCCCCGCCACCCGGCACGCCGCCUCCCUCCCCAAUGUCCUCGGCCAUCGAAAGGAAGAGCCUGGACCCGUCUGAGGAACCAGUGGAUGAGGUGCUGCAGAUACCCCCAUCUCUGCUGACAUGUGGUGGCUGCCAGCAGAACAUAGGGGACCGCUACUUCCUGAAAGCCAUCGAUCAGUACUGGCAUGAGGAUUGCCUCAGCUGUGACCUCUGUGGGUGCCGGCUGGGAGAGGUGGGGCGGCGUCUUUACUACAAGCUGGGACGGAAGUUGUGCAGGAGAGACUAUCUCAGGCUUUUUGGUCAAGAUGGUCUCUGUGCUUCCUGUGACAAGAGGAUCCGUGCCUAUGAGAUGACAAUGCGGGUGAAGGACAAAGUGUACCACCUAGAGUGUUUCAAGUGUGCUGCCUGUCAGAAACAUUUCUGUGUCGGUGACAGAUACCUGCUUAUCAACUCCGACAUAGUGUGUGAACAAGACAUCUACGAGUGGACUAAGAUCAAUGGGAUGAUCUAAGCCAGAGUCCCCGGCACCUCUGGGGAGGCAUUCAGUGAAAACACUGUCUCAGUGGGGUCUUCAUGCUUAGGCACUUUGGGAACAUGAGGGUGGGUAAGGCAUUUCUUAGGAGAUUGUGGACUCUCCUUGGGCACUAAGACAUAGCAUCCACAUGACAUACUUCAAAGGCCAAGACUUCGGUGACAAAGGGAGCAGCCCUUAGAGAGAAUUUAUGGUCACAGACUCUCCAUAGGAACUGACAAGAUUAAUGGAGGAAAUAUUUGGGGACCAGCAUGUACUGUGCCAUCAUGACAGGACUUCCCAGAUAGGCAGUGCUGGGUAAAGAUUAGGUGUGACCGUGGUGUUUAUGGACUAGAGGUGUACUAUUAAUUUCUGCCUGGCUUUGGAACUACCCUGUUCUAGCCACUGUCCUUCACACUAGGGAAGGACAAGAGAGAAGAGUAGUCUCCUUUUUUUUUUCUUGGUCACCUUCCCAUGGCCUAAAGCUUUGGAGCCAGGGGAAACUGCAUGGAAAUACAUUUCAGUUGGGAAUGAAAUACACAUCUUUCAAUCAAACAAAUAUUUAAAGCAAUGUUGAUGAAUCACUGUUUUUAGACACCUUCAUUUUGAGGUGAGGCACCCCCACAGAUUGUUUCUAUAUAAAUGUAAAUCUUAAGAAGUCAAAGUUGUUCAACUAUUUUAUUAUCUUAGAUUAUAUCAAAGUAUUUGUUGUGUGUCAUUAAAAAGAAAAAAAAAAGACCUUGAUUCUGAAGACAAUAAAAAUGACAAGCUAAAAUGCAAUGUUAUUGAUGUGAAAUGAUUUACAAUUUGGACUAGUGGGGAAAUGGUUUGCUUUUUUCCUCUCAGAAAGGUGAAGCAAAUAAGCAAUUUAUUUCUAGGUCAAAUAAAAGCUUCCAUUUAUUGCAAGGGUUUAUAUGAGGUUUAUAUAGGUUUCUGUAUUACGGGCAAUUAUAUAACAGGCCAUCACAUAGCUCAGAGGGAUGUAGAAUAAUUAAGUUGUUAUUGUAAAUGUGCAUUUCACUCUGGCAUUGUGUGGAGUGAGUGGAAGGCAGCAAGAUCAUUGCCUUUGGGAGACUUGUAACCUAGAAAGCACACAAAUACAUAAAAUAGAUCCCCUUUGGGAGAGAAGGUAAUUACCUGGCUUGAAAUGUGGCGAAGAUGCUGAGCUUGACAUUUCUAUUUUCCAAGAUGUGUGUCUCAGGGUGUUUUAUGACAAGUGGUUAAGAGGACCUUACUUAGAGGAUUUAAGGCUGGUACCUUAGCUUGUAUGUUUGCCUGCGUCCCCCCAAUCUAGGGUGUGAUCUGACUUCAAGCGCCACCUGCUGGUCAUCUCUCAACCUACUCAUCCAAGGGUGUCCCAGGGAAUGACAGAUCUCUGAUAUACUUUCAAUUAUUUCAUAAAACCAUUGGCAAACACCAGUGAGUCUAGAUGUGUUUAAUUAUCAAGAUGUCAGAAACAUGCAGCUAAAGCUAUGUUUAAUUAACUUGAAAGUGCUCUAACGUCUCUGCCAUUGAAGCUUUUGUCUUUAAUUCUAGAGGAGGAAUCAUGAAGCGAUGUCUCUCUUGGCCUGUACAAUGCUCCAAGUGCUUGGGAGACCUGACUGCUCGAGGUGGCCUAUUUAAGACGAGUCCAAUUAUGUGGGAUCAUGGCCUAGAUGGCCAGCAGGUGCUCCUGGGGAGGGGACGUUUGCUCUAACUCUUCAGUUCCCAGGCUACAGUCUCUGAGCUGGGUUAUCCGCAUCACAGUGAACUUGCUGGAAAUAGGGGACCCAUCCCCAAACACACAGAAGCAGACACUCAGCAGGGGGCUGCCGGUCCUAGAACAGGCUCUGAGGGGCGAUUCUGACUCAUGCUCUGAAGUCUAAAAAUGGCUGUUUUACAUUGUCUCCCAGCUAGCAGGAUCAUUGCCCUCCAAAUUGUUAGUGUUCAGUAUGUGACAUGAAGGUUAACCACUGAGGAAUUCACACAUGUAGACAAACAUUGCUUAGCCAAGGUCCUGAAACUGAGAAUGCUCACUCUUCUCGUUCAGCUAACAGCUGCCUUGCUCUUCAUCUAACACCAAUCAAAUUCAGUCUAACAUUUUUGUAAAUCUGUGUUGUUCUGUUUAAUUAUAUCUAGUUGAAUAUGGCAGUGAGACUGUAAGAAUGGAGGAUUCGUAUCCAAAGACUAAAACAUAAGACAUUCCCACUUUAUACUCAAAGUGCUAAACACCGUAUCCGUGCCUGUAAAGUAAGGUGCAUCAAGAUGAGCUGAACCUCUAGUUAUAACCCAGGCUGGUUCUGAACUUGCAAUGUUUCUCCUUCUUACUCCUGAGUGCUAGUAUUGUAGACAUCCCACCACAC